AUGUGUGCUGUUAUAGAAGUUUUUAUGGUUUUUUUACGUAGUUUUUUAGUGUCUUUUCCUUUUUAUAAUAGUGUUGGUUUUCCUUCUUGUGUGUCUGGUGGUAGUGUGUGCUCGGAAGGGUUAGUUAGUAGUUUGGGUGCUUUGUUUGGGUUGAACUCGUGUGUGGGCGUGUAUAAUAGGGGUUUUUCUUUUUUGUCUGGUUUGUUGUUUUCUUGUUUACGUUCCUCACGUUUAGGCGAUAAGCCUGCUUUAGAUAUUAUUAAUGAGUUUUUUGAGGGUUAUUAUGAAGAUUUAGAGUGUAAUUCUGGGUUUUUUAGUGGUGUUGUUUGUGGUUCUUUAGAUUUUGUAGGGUCCGUUAAUUUUUGUGGGGGGUAUAUAGUGGUUAGUGAGUUUAGCUUUGGGGGUUUUGAGGGUUUUGGUAGGGUUUUUUUUUGUGAUUCGAGUAUUUAUGGUCCUGGAGUUGUUGUUUUUCCGUUAAGUUUUUUUGGUGUUUGUAAUGUGCCUAACUAUGUUGGGGCUAUUUAUUUUUAUCUUUAUGUUAGGUGUUGUGGUUUUUAUAAGUCGUCUUGUGUUUCUUUAUUUUAUUAUUUUGUUGGUCUUUUUUAUUCACUGAGUACUUUAUAUAGUUCUAAAACUAUUAGGGUUUUAUAUUCUAAUUUAUCUUUAAUUGUUUCUAGGUUGUCUUCUUAUGUAGUGGUGUGUCGGUCUUUUAACGGGUUGUUUGCUGAGGGUACUGUUAUAAAUGUUAAGUUUAUGAAUAUAUUCAAUUUAUCUAGUGUUCUUAGUGGGUACGAUAGCGAGGAGUAUAAGCCUUACUUAAUUGGUGUUACACGAUAUACUCUUAUAAGUUGUGGUGUUUUUUCUUCUUUAAGUUUUCAAAACACACUACAAACAUUAAAACGUUUAGUGUUGGAGGAUAAUGUUGAGUGGAAGGUGGAUUCUAAAUCGAAUUUAAUUUCUUCAGGUUUUAUUCCUGUAGGGUCUGGGUGGUACAGAUAUUUUAUGGUGUGA